ACUGAAUCAAGGAUGAUUGGCAGCAGUCAUGCAAAGCAGCAUAGCCUAUUUAACUCAAACCCGUAUUAGCUUUCGAUGAUCUUUGAUUUGAAUCGUGGCAUGGACAAGUGAUGAGGAUUUCGGAAUCAGAAUACCAGUAGCUGGACACAUUUGCUUCUUAACUGUGGCCCUCCUAGCAACAUCCUCCACUAUGGACAACCAGUUGGAACUAUGAAUGGAAACCAAAUUCCAAAUCCCAGUAUGAACCAGCACCCCUAUUUCAUUGCCAGCCAGCCGCAACUUUCAACACAGCAUGGAAAUCAAGUUUUUGGGAUGGCAUCAGCAAAUAAGAUUCCUUUAUACUCGGCUAUUGCUCCAGUUUCUGGCACUAAUGCCAGUGGACACAGCCUGUUCUCAGUUGAAACCCAGCAUUUACAGCUUGUGCAGUCACAUCCAGUGGCGGGGAUGCAAAGACAACAGCCCUUUCUUGUUAACACGCUUCAAGUUCCCAUGAAUGUUUCUGUACUGACAAAUAGUGGAUUACGCAUGAGUCUGCAGCCACAGGCUAAGCUAAACAGUGACUGUAGUUCCUCCCACGUCUCUCAGUCUCAGCAUCCCAGUGGUUCAAAUCAAGUUCCAAAGCCCACCACGGAUCAGUUUGGCAAUCUCCAAAACUGUUUUCCUGGUAUAGUAACUCUUCUUGUCCAGCAGAGUGACUUGACUCCUGCUGCGAACCCAGGGCAUAUUCUUACCGGUCCAGUGACUGUUGGUUUGUGUAGUGAUGACGGUUCACUACAGAGGGUGCAAGAGCAAACAAAGAUUCCAGAGGUUAAUGGGGAAAAGUUGAUGCAGACAUCCUCAUCUCUCCCUACUGGACAGUCUGCAAGUUCAGGUCUUGCUAACAAUUCAUUUGUCUUAGCUUCUCAGCCUGUCAUCAUCAGUUCAACUAUCUCACCACCUACCUGCUCCUCAGCUGAUAGCAAUGCCCCUCCUCCUCCUCCCACCAUUUCCCAAAGUCUACAGUCAAAGCCUAACCCUUCCAGGUUUCAAGGUUGGAACACUUCCUUCUCAGGGAAGAGUGGUGCACAUACAACUCCGUCCUACUCCCAUUGCCCCCCUCCACCUCCUCAUCAUCAUCAUCAUCAACAAGACUUAAUGCACAGCUCCAAGCCCACUCAUACUCAUAAUAGUACAAAUUCAACCUCCUCUGUACAUCAACAUGCUUUAACAGGCCAAAGCAAUCUUUUUGCUGUCAGAACAAGUCAUGAAACUUCUAGAAAUAGAACGAGCAUCCCAGUAACAGCUUCUAAUCCCAAAGAUGACCCUGCUUGUGGAGGGGCAAGCACACAACAAAACGUGCAGCAAGUCUUCAAGGAAGUAAGAACUGUACCCGUCUUUCUGAGGAAUCAUAAAAUGCUUAAAGCCAUUUGCCUGGUCUUAGAGAAAUCAAUACGUAGACGUGAAGCAGCUACCAUCCUUAUUAUGCCAAACACAAGUUCGGGUUAUGAGAAGACGCAGUCAUUCGUCCAACAGUUAUGUCAAUCUGAUGUGCCGAUGAGGAAUACUUCCGCCACUGAUACAACUGAUGCACUCAGUGGUUCCGACCCAAAGGGAGACAGCAGAGACAAGAACAGUAACAGACCAAGCGUUGAUGGAACCAACAUAGUGGUGCAAACAAUCCGGGGACAAUUGAAAACACAUGUACAUAUUCACAGGGCUGUUGCUGUUGUCCCUCCGAUAUCACAACAGUCUACUGAUGAUCAUGAAGGAAAAAAACAAAAUUGUGACAAACAACCUUUUAAGAUACAGAGUGUUUGGUCACUUGCUGGAGAAAACACGGGGGAAUCCUUGCAUGAGUCUGGUUGUCAUCCUUCAGUUAUUGAUUGGUCCUCUGUGAAGUCCUCGUCUGAUCACAAGACGGUAGAAGAUCAAGACUGCUGUCAAAAUGGUGUCCCAGCUGGACAAUGUGCACCAAAUUCAUCACAAUUAACCGGACAGAAAUCUGAUGCAGCAGAAUGCCCAAAGGUUGAUGGAGGCAUCAUAGAUUCUCUGAAAUCAAAGAAUGAGGAAAUCAGUAUCCAACCACAGGAAUACCAGACAACCAACACUCAGUCAAACCAAAACUAUGGACAGUUGGGUGGCUUGGAUGGCCCGAGACAUGUUUUAUCUAGAAGUAUGGUGAAAUAUACUCUUGGGAUGCUGAAAGAGUUGGUGGCUGAUCUUGAAGCAGAAGACGUAAAGCAAGGCAGCAGGAGUGAUCAUGGCCCAGACGUUGUGGAGACCUUACUUGGCCUUUACUGGGGUGGAAGUUCUUAUAACUACAUGGUCGCAAAGGCAGAAGGUGCUAUUCAGAAUAUAUUGCAAGAGGCCACUGAGUUUCACAUGGCUGAUGAAUCAGUGGUCUUUGAUGGCAUGAGAAUGGAUGAUUUAUAUCAGCUAAGGGACCGAUUCUACAUUCUAAACAGGGAUUCUGAUGUUUACAAGCCAGAACACACUAACCUGUCGAAUCCAUACAUUCAUGACAAAGAGACAGUUACUGAUACUGUAAAAUCUGACCACAGAGAGGUUCAAGACCUCCCUGAGGGUGAAGAGCAGUAUGAUUGUGGCAUCCUUGAGCUGGGGAACAAACCAGAAAAGGACCACACAAAAUGUCAAAAGUCCUCUGGGGUUUUUCCAGUGAAGUCAACUGUGUUAUCAGAAGACGCAACAAAGUUUUUUGAUUGCAGAGAGUCUUUAACAGGUUCCUUUUCUCACAAAGAGCCCACCUCACCAGCACUGUGCUUUGGUGAAGAAUUAAAUCAAGACUUUCCAAAAAUGAAGAUACAAGUGUUGUCUCCAGACGAGGUAAAGGCACUUUCCAAGAUAUUGUAUGAAGAUCGUAAAGAGGGGUCUUCAACAUCCCCACCUGGCGCUCUUCACAGUCAUGCAGGUGAUGCGACUGAGGUUGGGCCUGUUUCUUCCCAACAGGGUUGUGCAAACCAACAGCGAAUCCAUGCAGAAACAGGUGAUGGUAAGACACUAGACUUGUGUAAAGGUGUGCCAUCAAUUUCUGCUUUGAUAAAGUUGGUUAAAGGGAUUGACAGGCACAUUCCUGUAGCAGACAAAAAACUAAAUGACAAAGGCAAGAGGACAUUAUUUAAAAAAAGGCCACAUAGUUGUCGUACAAAAGCCUUGAAUGUAAAGGACACAAGGGACCCAAGGUGUCUCCCACAUGACGACAGAAAUGCACAGAAAUCAUGUGGUAUAAUGGCACCUAAACAGCUUCUCAAUGGUCCAGGAAUCUCUCAGAAAGGUUGUGUUUCACCACCCAAGCGUGUGCACGGACCAAGGUCGAUGCCGUAUCCAUACCAUCGCAUCGCAUUUGACAGUCGUGUCACACCUUCUACAAAGGGUUUUGUCAGAAAUGAUGAAAAGGAAUGGCUUGAACAUGAUGGUGAAGAUCAAGCAGUCCAUAAACUAACAAAAUCACAUGGAUUGGAAAGGCAAUGUACUGCCCCCCAAGUGAUAGCCAGACUAGCCGUAACUCCAUCACCAGUCAGAAAGCUAAUGAAGCCUGGCGAUAAGAAGCCAGGCUCACAGGUAAAAGGACAAAAUGAGGAACAAAAGAAGGAUCGUCUACUCAUAGAUCAUGGCAUGCGCUGCAGCCGUUCUGUUUCGGCUACCCAGUCAGUACCCCCACAGAAACGAAAAAGGGAUAUGAACAAAAGUGUUGAGGAACAUUUGGAUCGGCAAGAAUUAACGCACCGGACUGUUCUGCAGCAACCAACAACAGAGAAAGCCACUGAAGCAUUGGCCAUAACCCAGGACAUUACUAAGUCCUCAGUAAAACAAAAAAAGCGUAAAUGUGAGCACAGAACGCCCUCAUCGGUGACGAGUUCUGCUAAGGAAAAGGUCCGUAAAACUUGGGUGAGCACUUAUGUGCCAACCAAUGUGAAAUCAAGAAGACCGUCUGACCAGACAGAAGAAGGACGGAGAAGGUUUUCUUCAGUUCAUCAGAGUUUAAACCAAGUAACAAACAAAUCGAAAUUACGUACUCUGUCACAGACAGUCAAGCCGGAUAUGGGACCAUUGAUAAUUGAGUUGAGGAAACAUGUGCAAGAAAGAAAAGCUAAAGAGUUAGUUUCUAGAGAAAGUUUCUUUCAGUAAAAUGUGAAUUGCAGGGUCCCAUAACCCAGUAUAGCCUUCAUUGCCUCCUGACUCAUUGAGAACUAAUGUCCCCCAGGUGCCAUGCAGGAGACAUGAGUAGCUGUUGACUCCACCGUCCUAGCAGAAGUGAUUUGAUUUUCUUAUGGAAACUAUAAAAAUUUGCUUUUAAAAUGCAUAUCAGUUAUGUGUUGUGUUGUUGACCACAAUCAUUUUCAACAAUGAGUUGGAAACGUCUAUUUCAUCAUUAUUGGCAUGCUUUCUACCUAUGGAUGGAUUCUCGUAGUUAGAUUUUUAUAAAUGUAUAUAAAAUGUAUUUUUGACACAACAUUCUGGAUGAGGUUGACAAUUUGAUAUUUUUUUGCCUGUAUAUUUUUUGUUACCAGAACAUUUGUACUGUAAGUGAUAUUUCUGUUGACUUUAAUGGCUGCUAUACAAAAUAAUUCAGAUUCUGUACAUUAAAUUUGUACAUAUAAAUAAAUUGACCAAAUAUA